CAGCUGUGCCUUAAUAAUGUGAAGGUGAAUGUUUCCUGUAUCUGCUACAGUCAUUACGGUAGAGCGGUGGUGGCAUGAGACUGGUGGGAGCUGCAUGUGUGGUUCUUUUUAGAAGCUUCUCUCUUAACAUCAUGGCUCAGCACAGAUUCAUUGAUAUCGGGGUGAACCUGACUGACCCCAUGUUCAGAGGCGUCUACAGAGGGAAACGGAAACACGACGACGACCUGGACCAGGUGGUGGACAGAGCUCUGAGAGGGGGCGUGGAGAAGUUCAUGAUCACAGGAGGAAACCUUGAAGACAGCGGAGAGGCGCUGAAGCUGGCUGAGAGCAGAGGUGAGUUCUUCUGCACGGUCGGCUGCCACCCGACGCGCUGCUCUGAGUUCGAACAGAACGGAGAAUCUCAGUACUUCUCUGGCCUGAAGGAGCUGGCGACGCUGCACAGAGGGAAGGUUGUGGCCGUGGGAGAGUGUGGACUCGAUUUUGACCGGUUGGAAUUUUGCCCAAAAGAAACUCAACUCAAAUAUUUUGAAAAGCAGUUUGAGCUGGCGGAGGAGACCAAGCUGCCCAUGUUCCUCCACUGCAGGAACUCCCACCAGGAGUUCGUGGAAAUCAUGAAGAGGAACCGAGACCGGUGUGUUGGAGGAGUGGUUCACUCAUUUGAUGGGACGGCGGAGGACGCUGCUGCACUCAUCGAUCUGGACCUCUACAUUGGAAUAAAUGGAUGUUCCCUGAAAACAGAGGCCAACAUUGAAGCUAUGAAGUCCAUCCCCACUGAGAGGCUGAUGAUAGAAACAGAUGCUCCGUGGUGCGGCGUGAAGAACACGCACGCAGGCUCCAAAUACGUUAAAACUACGUUUCCCACGAAGAAGAAAUGGGAGACAGGACACUGUCUGAAGGACAGAAAUGAGCCCUGUCACAUUGUACAAGUCUUGGAGGUGAUGGCAGCAGCGAGGGAAGAGGAUCCACUGGAACUGUCCAACACAAUCUACAACAACACCAUCAAAGUGUUCUUCAGCUAGAGACGCAGAUAUGAUCCCUUAGUUUACUGUUAUGAGUGUAAAAGGUCCAUGAUAAAACACAUUGUCGUAUUUUGAAAUAAAAAAAAGUACAUUCUCA